GCAUAAUGUCUGUGGAAGACUACACUGACUACAAAGGAGCAGUAAUGCUUUGGAAAAUAAUUCCACCCUUUCUUAUCGUAUUUGGAACUACAGGGAAUACUAUAACCAUUAUAGUUUUACUUCAAAAACGCCUUCGAAAUUCACCAACGUCAAUUUUUCUUGCAACAUUAGCUAUGUCGGACAUUCUUGCACUGACCACUGGAUUAUUGCGUCAAUGGAUAAAAUACACAUUUGAUGUGGAUAUUAGAGAAGAUCUUACGGUAUCAGGAUGUAAGUUCCAUUGGUUCAUUGUGUAUGUUGUGACACAAUUUUCGUCAUGGAUGCUUAUUUGUGUAACUGUAGAACGCGUUAUAAGCACAUUUAUGCCGCACAAAAGACGAGUUUUUUGUAAAAUGAGAUUUGCCUCUAUCACUGUGUGUGCUAUUCUUUGCUUUCUAGUGAGUUUAAAUGCGCAUUAUUUAUUUGGAUAUGGCAAUUUGGUUCGAAAUGUAGACAACGAAACUGAACUAGAAAGAUGCAUGCCAACGACAGACAGCUACGCCCAUUUCAUAAUUUACUCUUGGACUUGGAUUGACCUAUGUGUUUUCUAUCUGAUCCCAAUGCUGGUUAUGAUAAUUGGUAAUAGCAUGAUUAUUUAUAAAGUAUUUGAUAGUCAACGUCGUAGUCGCCGGACGGUGGCACCGACUUCGAACCCAUCGGUUACAGCUCAGCGCAGGAAAACAUCGAGUUUGACAGUAUUAUUAAUGUUUGUAAGCGCAUUGUUUAUCAUCUGCAUAACACCUAUUGUUGUCUAUCCAAUUGGUGAACCCUACUGGAAGGAAGGUGCCCCAGAACAUAAAGUGGCUACAAUGUUUUUGGUUGAAACGAUGGCUAAUUUACUUAUGUACGUAAAUCAUUCAGUUAACUUCGUGGUAUAUUUCCUCAGUGGUUCUAAAUUUCGAAGCGAGGUCAAUCGGGUGGUGUGCUGCAAGAAUAUUACAGUAAUACGUCAACAAACGACAGUUUCAAGGUCAGGGAUAUAGAUCGGUUUAUCACGCUCCAUUGUCGCCUUAAGGAGUGCGAAGCGCCCACUCGCCUGGCUCAAACAGGAGAGCGCAGAUCUACACAUUACCACAGUGUCUUGAGUUUGAUCCCUGGGCGAGGUGUAUUUUCUCCCAGACGAUUUGAUAAAUCAUAAAAGACAUUGUGUCUGAAAUUAUUCGUCCGUUACCUGAGAUUCACGUGGAACAUUUACUUGCGGAGAACAGGCUAGUACUGAGGAACACUGUUAGGUCAACUGUCCGUCGUUACCUGACGGAAAUAUUGUUGAAAAACGGCGCUAAAGCCUAAAACAAAACAAAACAAAAUAUCAAGAUGUAAGAAUUCAAAUGGGAAAUUGGAAGACAACGUUUUGUUCUGAAAUCAUAAUUUUCUGCAUGUUUAAGGUUAGCAAGAGAGGACAUCGAGUAUCAUUUAAUUUCAUUCAGAUCAAAAAAACUAUUUUUGAUUCGUGUAAAUGUAUGAGUAAAAAUCAUUCUCUGUGUUUGCAGUGAUUAUUUCAAAGAUAUAAGAUAUCUCCGAAAUUUAUGUUUCUA